ACGGAAAUUACUGUCAAUGUGUAGCGGCAAAAACUGAACAGAAUUUGUAUUUUGUCCUAUCCGGCCUGCCGUAGUACCUCAGCUCUUAAACAAGAAGUCCUCCGGAAGAGUAGUGUUUCUUUCCGAGGCAAAAGCACUGACGGAAAAGGUUGACUCCAAACCGAUUAAAGACAGCAAUGCUUCGCUGUAGGAAGUGCCGGAAGGUUGUCAUCGAAUGUCUGCAAGAGGUUGAGGUCACAGAUGAAAGUUCAGAGGUGGCUUGCACCAUUUGGCACAUGAAUGUUGACACGCUUCCAGAGUGGAUACGGAACUCAUUGCACUUGGCCCAGUGGACUGCAGGGAGGCUGGAGUGUCAGAACUGUGGGGCUCGUCUGGGAGGCUUCAACUUCAUCCGUUGCAGUCAGUGUCCUUGCGGCCGAGACGCCACAAUCCACCUCAGCAAAUGUCGCGUCGACCACGACCACAAGCAGAGCCUUUUCCAAGUCCAGCCAAGAUGGUCGAGGCCAGACAAGAGGCCGCAAAUGACAGAGGGCUCUGAGUAUAAAUACGAGAGCUUGGAAUUGAACAAAAGUAAUCGUUUACAGCUCAACACUGUUGAUCACAUGCCCCUCCCUGACCUCGGUGUAUCCUCACAAGUAAUGUCAGAAGACUCUCCAGAUGGGUCUAUGCUGUCCCCUAUCUUGUGUCCCAUGACCAAAGAUGAUGACGCCACCUUCAGUGCUGUCACUAGCAGCUCAUCUGUCUCCGCACUAAGACAGGCGCCUCUGGAAUGUCAGAUACAGGCGCCUCAGGAAUGUCAGAUGGUGCAAACUGAGGAAAAUGAAGGGUCAUCUGCUGAAAAUGCCCACGAGGAUAUUUCACUGUCCCUCAGAAGAACGCCCUUUUCUAAUAGUUCAGCCGAGCAGGAAGAGGAGAUAGUGCCUGGAUCCUCUCUGGCGUCCACAUCCUUACACAGACAAAAUAAGAGAGAGAAGAACCACCUUAAGAGCCAGCGAAGGAAACAGCGGCGCCGGGAAAAAUGGCUGCAGAAGCAGGCCAGCAAUUUGAAGGAUUUGAUGCUCAACGGUGAAGAAGCAGAGGAGGAAGACAGGCAAGGCCUUACGUGUGCAGUGUGUCUCGACAUCUACUUCCGCCCUUACAGCUGCCAACCCUGCAGCCACGUCUUCUGCGAGCCGUGUCUGCGCAAGCUCGCCAAGAACCGAGAGGAAAACACGCCUUGCCCUCUAUGCCGAGCCCUCAUCUCGCACACUAAAUUUCACACAGAGCUCAGCCAGAAAGCAGAAUCUUCUUUCCCGAGAGUGUACCGCGCUCGCAAGCAGUACUUCCAAAAUGCCUCAUGUGUUAAAUGGCCUCUGCCCAGCUGCCGCAAAGCCUUCUGUAACUGGUGGGGAUAUAGGAGGAAUGCCGAGAGGGCUCACACAAGCUGGCAUUUCGCCCACGCCUUCACGCUGCAGACUUUCCACCUCUCAGACGUGUGCGGCUGGUUUUUUGAUAUCGUACUGGCCAUGGUAUACACCCCUUACCCAGCUAUCUGGAUGCUGACUUUCCUGUUCCUCGCUAUGUCCAUGUAUUACCUGUGUAUUUAACACGUGGAAGAGAAUUCAAUAGUUUACAAGGAACUUUACUGCUCUAUUUUCUUUAUUAAGGAACGUUUUUAUUCUGUUUAACGGCAUGGCUGAAUCCUGCCAUAAGUUAACCUGUUUGUUUUAGUGUUCAUAUUUCUCAAAAGAUAUGGUCUGAAAAUGUAUAUAAAUUUUACAAUUCAGUGGUUUCACAUUUGUUGUUGUUAUUUUAAGACAAAUCAGACAAAAUUAACAGUGAGAGAUGGUUAGAAAUUGGUAAUCAAAAGCAUAAACAAAAAUGCAAUUCUGCAAUAUAGCCUAUAGUCAAUAUUGCAGUCUAAGUGUGCAUGGGUGGAGUUAGUGUAAAAUAGAGCAAGAAUGAUCUCCACUUGUGCAUCAUGUAGUCAACCACUGUAAAGUGGGCACUUCAAAAUCACCUUCACUUCGCGCAGCCCAACUAGUCCAAACACAGCAUUCUGAUUAAUAAAAUGUUUCUGGAAUAUGA